AUGGUUGCUCCUAGAACUACUACAUCGCUUUCAAGGGUCAAGCAAGCUAGCGAGCCGAGCUCGCGUUCACUUCCACCUUCCACCACAUCAUAUAGUUCCACCUUACAACUCAACAUCGCCAUCCAAACAACCCAGCACGCAAUGUUCCGCCCUCUAUUGAACCGCGCUCUUCCCAGAAUCUCAACAACCUCGCGCCGCGCAAAUUCAAGUCAAAGACCACCACCGCAACAACCACCAUCAUCAACCACACCCAAUCCCCAUCGAGAAUUCUACCGCGGCGGUCUCGGACGUGCCGUUUUCUUCAACUUCCUAAUCGCCACUGGUACAUUCCAAGCGUUGUAUUGGAGUUGGUUGAAGUUGGAGAGUAUGGAGGUUAAGAGGGAGAAGGGAGAGGAGAUCAAGGUUCUGGAAGGCGAGUUGAAAGGGUUGAUUGGGAAGGGAACGUGA